CUUCACGCAUGCCUGUCUCCAGAGCCCUGCUUGCACAAACUUGCCCCUGGACUUGUGCAACAUUUCACACUCAUCGGACCUAAAUCAUCUUCAUGCCUAGAUUCCAUCUCAGAGAUUUGUUUUCCAGCCGUCACUCCUCAGCGCCCAGGACAAUGGGCUCCACCUCCAAACGUGGCCUCUGCUGGCCAACCGACAACCACGGCCGCGACGAAGUCAUCGCCUUCACGAGGCCAGGGUCCAAAGUAUCAUGGCUGUACAACUGGUCCCCGCGCCCGACACCCGACGCGAGCGAGCUCCAGUUCGUCCCCAUGCAGUGGAACCACGUCAACAUCGACGAGCUGCACGAGCACGCCAGCAACGCCGGCGCCCAGACCGUCAUCGGCUUCAACGAGCCCGAGCUCCCGGACCAGUCCAACAUGCCCGUCGAGCUCGCCGCCGCCGAGUGGCUGCGGUGCAUCGAGCCCCUCCGCCAGGCCGGCGUGCGCGCCGGCAGCCCGGGCAUCUCGUCGGCGCCCCACGCCGUCGGCUGGCUGCAGGAGUUCCUGGCCAAGAUCCGCGAGGGCGGCUCCGACGUCGACUUCUACUGCUUCCACUGGUACGGCGUCGAGCUCGGCCAGUUCUACGACUACAUAUGGAGCACGCACCACCAGCUCGGCCCGGACAAGCCGGUGUGGAUCACCGAGUUUGCUUGUACCAACUGGAGCGUCGAGGACCCGCUGCCGCGGGAGCAUGUUGAGAACUUUGCAAGGGAGAGCGUCAAGUACUUGGACACGCUGGAUUGGGUGGAGCGUUAUGCCUGGUUCGGGCCCAUGAGGGAUUGUGGCACUGUUGGGCGGUGGGCUACCAUGCUUGAUGAAGAAGGUGGAUUGACACCUCUUGGCCAAGCGUACAGGGACGAAUGAAACAAUCGAAGAUCAUUUUCAUCAGCACUGGCACUUGAAAGAUGAGCCUCUGCGGGAAAGUCUUCAUUCUCGCUGACAUCAUACAAUACUCUGUAUUAUUCCUGUAUUGUUCCUACGACUUUGAAAAGGACCAUCGUGAUGACUGCCAGACUGUAGAAUUC